AUGACACCAACCAACCUUCCAAAAAUUAUCUACGGCACUGCCUGGAAAAAAGAGCAAACGAAAGCACUGGUCAUUCAGGCUAUUCAACAGGGAUUCCGAGGGAUUGACACUGCUUGCCAGCCUAAACACUAUCGCGAAGAUCUGGUAGGCGAAGCACUAGCUGAGUUGUAUGAGAAAAACCAAGUGACUCGAGAAGACAUUUUUGUUCAAACCAAGUAUACUCCUAUCGGAGGUCAUGAUCGUUCCCAACCAAUUCCAUACGAUCCCUCAGUGCCUAUCCCAGUUCAGAUUCGCACCUCCCUACAAAAAUCUUUAUCCAAUUUAAGGACUGCCUGGCUCGACAGUUACUUGCUUCAUUCUCCUCUGGAGACUACCAGCCAUACCAAAGAAGCUUGGAAUACAUUGUGCGAUCUCAGGAAAGAAGGCUUGGUCCGACGAAUCGGGGUUUCUAAUACGUACGAUGUCCAGGCCCUGGAGCUUUUGCAAUCAAUUGGGGAGGUAGAUGUUGUACAGAAUCGGUGGUACGAAGGAAACGCUUGGGAUGCUCAAGUGCAUAAAUAUUGUUUGGAAAAUAAGAUUGCUUACCAGUCGUUCUGGACACUGACAGGAAGCCCGUCGUUAUACCGGCACCCCUUGAUUACCAACAUUGCACACAGCCAAAAUGCCACCAACGCUCAGGUUGUUUAUAAAUUCGUACAGUCAUUAGGUAUUAUCCCUUUGGCAGGAAGCACCAACGCACAACAUAUGAAGGAUGGCCUGGAGUCAGACGAAAUUAGCCUUCACGAGCACCUCGAUAGUCUCAAGGGAUUGGUUGGACAUUAG